GCCGCCGCAGGCCGACGCGCUCCGCACCUCUGCCGAUACGCUCCGCCGCGAGGGCACGCACGCCGACCCCAGGUCACCAGCGCAGACGACAUGGCCCUGCUCGCUGUCAUACUGUGGGCCUCAGCUCUCGGCCCACUGGCGGCCGGCCAUCUGUACGCCAUGAAGAGGUGCCCGAACCCCACACCGGUGGAGAGCUUCGAUCAGUCACGGGUGCUGGGGAUGUGGAAGGUCGAGUGGGCGGUCAAGACCACCAGCUCUUGCAUGGAGUUUGAGUUCAAGGAGGAGGGCGACGCGUUCAAGGUGUACGAGUUCAAGGAGUUGUCCGCCUCCGAGAAGGCGGGGGUGGAGAUCAAGUACGGGUCCGUGGGCACUCUGACACGCACCGGAACGCCAGGGUUCUACAAGGCCUCCUACUCGACGAGCAAAAUCUCCGGCCGAUUCGUGAUAUUGGACACGGACUACGAGUCCUACCUGGUGGUGCUACACUGCAUGCAGUUGGGCCCUCUGGGCAGCCGACGCACCAUCUACGUGCUCUCCAAGGGCGGCACGCCCAUCUCGAGCGCGGUGCUCGACCAGGUAAAGGGCCGCCUACCAAAUCUGGGGAUGCGGUCGGAGCAGCUCGCGCAGGUGUCGCACGAGAACUGUGUCAGCCGGGAGACAGCUGACAUCGACCUGACCGGCACCGUGGACACCGGCGACAUCGUCGAUGCCGCCAAGAAGGUCAUCAGCUUGGGCGGCAGCGUCGCCAAGCUGUUCGAGGUGAUCUCGAUGCUGGGCUAA